AUGCAUGCUCGCUCUGCUGGCGCCGUGCUCUCCCGAGCAACCGGCUCAUCGCGCAUCGCGACACCCCGUCCCCGGACACUGGCGACCGUCACGGACGCUGCUCGUCCCGUCGGUUCCGGCGGCUCCUCCCACAACCACAAGGUCGUCAUUGUCGGCGGCGGCGCGGCCGGUUCCAGCGUGAGCCAUCAGCUGCUGCGCUCGGGCAAAUACACGAGCGACGACAUUGCUGUCGUCGACCCGGCGCAGUGGCACCACUACCAGCCCGGCUGGACGCUCGUCGGCGGCGGCCUCAAGGACAAGGACGACCUCAAGAUGCGCAUGUCGGAGAUUCUGGACCCCAAGCUCAAGUUUUACAACCAGGGCGUCAAGACCUUUACCCCCGAGGACAAUGCCGUCACGCUGUCGACCGGCGACACGCUGCAGUACGAGCAGCUCAUUGUGUGCCCGGGCAUCAGCAUCAACUACGACAAGAUCAAGGGCAUGCCUGAGGCUCUUGCCGACCCUAGCCUGCCCAUCUCAACCAUCUACGGCUACGAGGGCGUCGACAAAGUAUUUGGCACCAUUGAGAAGCUGCGCAAAGGCAAGGCUCUGUUCACGCAGCCCGCCGGCAUGAUCAAGUGCGCCGGCGCCCCCCAAAAGGUCAUGUGGCUGGCGCUGGACCACUGGAAGCGCGCGGGUCUGUACAAGGCCGGCGACGCCAGCUCGGACAUUAGCAUUACCUAUGCCACGGCGAUACCGGCCAUGUUUGGCGUGCCCAAGUACAGCGCCGCCCUCGAGGCUCUGCGCCAGGAGCGCGGCGUCGAGGGUCUCUUCCAGCACGACCUCGUCGAGAUCAACGGCGACAAGGCCGUCUUUGCCCUCAGCGACGGGUCCACGGCCACCCGCGCGUUUGACCUGCUGCACGCGGUGCCCAAGAUGGGCCCGCACGCGUUCGUCGCCGGCAGCCCGCUCGCCGACGCCGCGGGCCUGGUGGACGUGGACCAGGAGACGCUGCGCCACAAGACGCACGCCAACGUGUGGGCGCUGGGCGACGCCUCGAGCCUGCCGACGGCCAAGACGGCGGCGGCGGUGACGUCGCAGGCGCCGGUGCUGGUGGCCAACCUGCUGGGCGCGCUCGAGGGCAAGGCGCCCGCCGCCGCGUACGACGGCUACACGUCGUGCCCGCUGACGACCGAGUACGGCAAGGUGCUGCUCGCCGAGUUCAAGUACGGCGGCCAGCCCAAGGAGACGUUUGCCAGCUACGGAGUCGACCAGGCGACCCCCAACAGACUCUUCUACCACCUCAAAAAGGACUUCUUCCCGUGGGUGUACAAGAACCACAUGGUCAAGGGCAGCUGGGGCGGUCCCAAGGGCUUCAUCCGGUAG